AUGGGCCCCUGUACCGCCUCCUCAUGCUGCUGCCAGGCCCGUAAAUCUGCCAUGGGCCCCCCCGUACCGACUCCUCAUGCUGCUGCCAGGCCCGUAAUCUGUCAUGGGCCCCUGUACCGCCUCCUCAUGCUGCUGCCAGGGUCCAGAGUGUGUCAUGGGUCCCUGUACGGCCUCCCAUUGCUGCUGUCUCCAUCGCCACACUCUGCAUGUGCCACUUUCAUGGUCUCCUCACACUGCUGGUGGGUUCCAUUUUUUCAUAGGGUGCUGUAAAUGGGCCUCCCAUUGCUGCUGCCUUCACGCCACACUGUGGCUCCACACUCUGGUUUUGGCCCCGUGACUGCCCAAACGAGUGAAGUGUGCGGUGAUUCUAAGAUCCGACGGCACUCAUCUGCAUGUCAUACUGACUGACAGUAUUUAUUUCUCUUCCCCAGCAGACUCCAAGGGCAUUUAAAUUAAAUGUACAGUGUUCUGCACUAAUAUAA